AAGAAUGUCUAGUGAGCACUCGGUGGCGAGUCGGGAUGAAUGUACACUUUUUAUUUUCCGUUUAGUUUUUCCUGAAAUCGCGAUUUUGGAGUGAAGGAAAAAUUGAUUCCGAAACCGUAUAUUUUUACGUCCCGCUGAGUAGUCGAAGGAAUUGAUUAUCAGACGCUCGAACGGCACGGAAUAAACGCGUUGUGAAGUCUCGGAAUAGUUUAAACUCUGAAAAUGGCUGAUGUUGAUGAAAAACCGUACAUAGCAUCCGCGGAAGAGAGAAGACCGGAUGAAGCCACGACGUGCGGUACCAUUCUCGUGGUAUUGUCAUGGAUCGUCGUCGUCCUUACAAUGCCCUUUUCUCUCUUCGUGUGCUUUAAGGUCGUACAGGAGUACGAGAGAGCUGUGAUAUUCCGACUCGGUCGGCUUCUGUCCGGAGGUGCAAAGGGCCCAGGAAUUUUCUUCAUUUUGCCCUGCAUCGAUUGCUACGCACGCGUCGAUCUUCGCACCCGUACCUACGACGUUCCACCCCAAGAGGUUCUCACGAAAGACAGCGUAACGGUGUCGGUUGAUGCUGUGGUUUAUUACCGUGUUAACAACGCGACUAUCUCCAUAGCAAAUGUUGAAAACGCCCAUCAUAGCACGAGGCUCUUGGCUCAAACGACCCUGAGGAACACGAUGGGCACCAGACCGUUGCAUGAAAUUCUCAGCGAACGCGAAACCAUUUCCGGAAACAUGCAGAUAUCGUUGGACGAGGCCACGGACACCUGGGGGAUUAAAGUAGAGCGGGUUGAGAUAAAAGACGUACGACUUCCGGUUCAACUGCAAAGGGCAAUGGCUGCAGAGGCUGAAGCUGCUCGUGAAGCACGAGCAAAGGUAAUCGCUGCCGAAGGCGAACAGAAGGCUAGCAGAGCUUUGCGAGAAGCGUCGGAAGUUAUCGGUGAUUCACCUGCGGCUCUACAGCUCAGAUAUCUCCAAACUCUGAAUACCAUCUCUGCUGAGAAGAAUUCCACGAUCGUAUUCCCUCUGCCGAUCGAUAUGUUGACUUAUUUCAUGAAGGCGAAAGAAGCGUCAUAAUCCAUCGCGUCUCGAAAUCUGUCGAGACGUACCGAUGAGUAAGAUAUAAUGAUAAUUUUUUUCGUAUUCGAAUCAAAUGCGGAUAUACAUUACACGUGGUAUACUUAUGUGUGUGGUAAUACAUUCUGAAUGUAAUUUGAGUCGAUGACUGAUGAAGUGUCAAAAAAACUGACCGCGACGUCAUCGGUUACUAUAUGUAGCAUGUGUGUGUUUGAUCAUUCGUUAUUGGUAAGAUUACGUCGGAGAAUCUAACGCGAAACUGUGCAGAUUUUCAAAUUUUUUAAAUUUUCACCAUUCGCAGAACUUGAUGUGAGUUUUUUUUUAUCAUUCUCGGGGUAAUCGCUAACUUUGCCUUCUCUCUUUACAAUGAAACUUCAAUUAAGUUUCUCGCUCAUCGUCGUCGAAUACCGAAGCGAGGGUUAAUUUCUGAUAAAAUUAUUCACAUAUACUUAUGUAUGUACCCAUUUACUCAAGUGUGAUCCGCAUGAAUUUCUAAUUGUCGUAAUUUUACAACUCAAAUCGGUGAUUGAUACCAACGCGUUUGACGAACAAGUUAUAUUACGUGAUUUAUGAAAACCAUACAUGGGUAUUCACGUACCUGCAUAUACGAAUAUAUUGUGUAAAAUUAACUUUAUCAAUAACCACGUGACUGUUUUUAGUGUUAAUCAAUAUAAGUAUAUUUUUCCUAUUACUCACUGAUCUUUUUGAUCUCACGUAAUGUUGUAUAAUAAAUUGGCAAUGAGUCAGAUUGUACAUUAUUAUUGAAACAGUUAUCAGAAUAACUAUAAUGAUAUGAUGGAUGUGGACAUUACCAUAAUUUCAUGAAAGUAUAUGUAUAGUAAUUAUUGUGGCGUGCUGGAAACGUCGAACCAUAUACAUGAUUAUACAAUUACAUAAAGAAAUAUAAAUGUUGAAUUUUGAGGAAAUUAUUGUUCGAUCGAUUUACCAUCAAUGUUAUCAACAUCAGCCAUGUGAUUGACAUGCUUUUACAUGAGAAUUUUUAAAAAAAAAAUCUCUGAUACUUGUUGAAAAACAAAAAAUUAAUGUGAUGGAUGGACAUAUGCACGUAGUGAAAUGUUGAAAAGAAUUUGACGAACCUAAUUGAGGUUUGAUCUUUCUUUCGAAUAAUUAUCAUGUAUUGCGGCGGGCAUGAUUUACAUUGAUCAGUAAGAAACCAUUCGCGAAUUGAGUACAAAAAGGAUAGAUACUCGAGGUUUUAAUAAAAGAUUUACAUGUAUAAAUGUAAUUAUGAAUAAAUCUGAUUGUAAAAUGA